CGGGAGCUGCACUGGCCAGGGGUUCCGGCUGCUGUUCCAUGAGCGACGCGGAGCUGCCAGGAACCGGAUUGAGGACGAGCUGGGCCGCUGUAGUCAACCACGCACAGCUUUUAGGUAAAUCUGAAUAAGAGAUCUGACCUGCCCGGCCCAGCUACACAACAUUUCAAGUUCAUAUUCCCACCUAGAGAGGAGCAGAGUAAAUAGGUCACGAUGAAUGCCAUGCUGGAGACCCCCGAGCUCCCGGCCGUGUUUGACGGGGUGAAGCUGGCCGCAGUGGCCGCCGUGCUGUACGUGAUCGUCCGCUGUCUGAACCUGAAGAGCCCCACCGCCCCGCCUGACCUCUACUUCCAGGACUCGGGGCUCUCGCGCUUUCUGCUCAAGUCCUGUCCUCUUCUGACCAAAGAAUACAUUCCGCCACUGAUCUGGGGGAAAAGUGGACACAUCCAAACAGCUUUGUAUGGGAAGAUGGGCAGGGUGAGGUCGCCACACCCGUAUGGGCACCGGAAGUUCAUCACCAUGUCCGAUGGCGCCACUUCGACCUUCGACCUCUUCGAGCCCUUGGCUGAGCAUUGUGUUGGAGAUGACAUCACCAUGGUCAUCUGUCCUGGGAUCGCCAACCACAGCGAGAAGCAGUACAUCCGAACCUUUGUUGACUACGCCCAGAAAAAUGGCUACCGGUGCGCUGUGCUCAACCACCUGGGCGCCCUGCCCAACAUUGAACUGACCUCGCCACGCAUGUUCACCUACGGCUGCACCUGGGAGUUCGGAGCCAUGGUCAACUACAUCAAGAAGACAUACCCCCUGACCCAGCUGGUCGUUGUGGGCUUCAGCCUGGGCGGUAACAUCGUGUGCAAAUACCUGGGGGAGACACAGGCGAACCAAGACAAGGUCCUGUGCUGCGUCAGCGUGUGCCAGGGGUACAGCGCACUGAGGGCCCAGGAGACCUUCAUGCAGUGGGACCAGUGCCGCCGCUUUUACAACUUCCUCAUGGCCGACAACAUGAAGAAGAUCAUCCUCUCGCACAGACAAGCUCUGUUUGGGGACCAUGUGAAGAAGCCCCAGACCCUGGAGGACUCGGACCUGAGCCGCCUCUACAUGGCCACGUCCCUGAUGCAGAUCGACGACAACGUGAUGAGGAAGUUCCAUGGCUACAACUCCCUGAAGGAGUAUUACGAGGAGGAGAGCUGCAUGCGGUACCUGCACAGGAUCUAUGUGCCCCUCAUGCUGGUUAACGCAGCCGAUGACCCGUUGGUACAUGAAAGUCUCCUCAGCAUUCCAAAGUCUCUCUCAGAGAAACGGGAGAACGUCAUGUUUGUGCUGCCUCUGCACGGGGGCCACCUGGGCUUCUUCGAGGGCUCCAUGCUGCUGCCCGAGCCGCUGACGUGGAUGGACAAGCUGGUGGUGGAGUACGCCAACGCCAUUUGCCAGUGGGAACGCAGCAAGUUGCAGUGCGCCGACGCGGAGCAGGUGGAGGCCGGCCUGGAGUGAGGCCCCCGGACUCUGGCGCUCCAGCUGCCCUCCUUGAACUGGCGUCCCUCACCGGCUGUUCAGGUCUCCCCCUCCCUCCGUGACCUGGAUCUGACCUCACACCGUCAGCGGGGGCCACCACCGGGCACACCUGUCUCGGGGUGGGCGGCUACCCCGGGAGCUCCAGGCUAUUUUUGUGCUUAGUUCCUUGUUUCCUCCAUUGCAUUGUUAGCCAUGGCGACACGCGCCAGACAGCCCCUCACCCUCCUGUCCAGUUGAGCAUCAUAUCAUGAUUGCUUUUAAGCCAAUCACAUCUAGUUUCCCUAUGAAAAACGUGUCGGGACAGCAGUUUUGCUUUGCCAAUCAAAAGGCUCUCCCCCAGGAACAAUGAAGGACGUCUGUUAGUUGGCGGUGGCCCUAUGCGUCCUUGUGUAGACCCGGAAAAGCGCUCCCCCGCCCAGCCCCUGCCGGAGAUGCAGGUCAGCUCCGAACCUGGGGUCCCGGGGCUCCCGGCCGCAGCGGGGCCUCUUAGGGCAGAGAAAACCCCCUUGAUCACAAGCCAAGCUUCCCCCUCGCUCUCUCCUAGACAGUCUCCCAGCGCCUUGCUGGUGAUGAGAGUGACCUGGGGCGCUUAUUAAAAAUUCAGCCUCCCGGGUCCCUCCCCAAGGGGAAGCCCAUGCCGUGGGCCUGGGAAAGGGCCUGGGGAUUUUAAUUUUUGACAAGUGCCCCCGGUGAUUCUCAUCGCCAGGCAAAUUUGGGAAACGCUGUCUGCAGGGCCUUUAAAUUAGAAACAUCUCGGUAGCUCUUUUCAUUAAAAUCCGUAGUCGGAGGGGUCACCCAGCUCCCAGGGGCCUCCAAGGCCUGCCCCCUGUGACCACACCUGACUCUGCUUCUCACUGGCUAUAUGACCCUGGAAGAGCCCCCUUGAACUUGACGUUCCUCACCUGUAAAAUGGGGGACUUGGACCAGGUGGAUUGCCUGCCGAGAUCACUACCCGUCCUGAAGUUCAAUGACAAACUCACUUUCCUGAGGUUUGAGAGACCAUCCCUCCCAGGGCCCCUGGGAGCCGCCCUCCAGUCUAAACAUGUAGAUGUCAUCAUUUGCCUUUGUUUGUUCCUCAUGUCAUAUAAAGCCGUGUGUGGGGCCUUGCUUUAUUAUGCA